AUGGGGUCCGAGGCCUCUCCCUCGACGGCCCUGCGCGGGCCGAUCCUUUCGCGAUCGAUCCGGCCGCGGGCGGCGAUACGCGAUCUCUGCCGGCCAUCCCGACGGCGCUUUGGGGAUGCGCGGCAGCGCGGGAUUGCGCCGGUCGGCGGGAGGAUGUGCUACCCAGCCGGGCACGCCGGAGGGCGGCGCGGGGUGGAGGGUCGUGGAUCGGCGGGAGCCGUUUCGGCGGGAGGUGCGGUGGGGGAUGAGGAGGCGGGUCUGGAGGCGGUGCUGUUCGACAUGGACGGCGUGCUCUGCGACAGCGAGGUUAUCUCGAGAAGGGCUGCCGUUGAGGUGAUGAAGGAACUUUACAAUCUCGAUGUCACUGUGGAGGACUUCGUCCCUUUUGGUGGGCAGGGAGAGAAGUACUUCCUAGGUGGUGUAGCAAAGAAGUACGGGGCAGACUUCGAUGCUGACAAGGCAAAGGCCAAGUUCUUUGAUAUAUACUUCAAGAAAUAUGCCAAGCCUGGUGCUGGCAUAGGAUAUCCAGGUGCAUUGGAACUUGUCAGGGCAUGCAAGGAUGCAGGCAUGAAGGUCGCUCUUGCCUCUAGUGCAGACCUGGUCAAGGUUGAAGCGAAUCUUUUGGCAGCAGAUUUGCCAAUAGAAAUGUUUGAUGUUGUCAUGUCAGCUGACGCUUUUGAGAGGUUGAAGCCAGCCCCCGACAUCUUCCUGGCUGCGGCCGCCAAGCUGGGUGUGAAACCAGCCAGCUGCAUCGUAAUCGAGGAUGCACUUGCAGGCGUGCAGGCCUCUGUUGCUGCAGGCAUUCCAUGCGUGGCAGUGAAGACGACGUUUUCUGAAGAUGAGCUGCUGAAGGAAGGGGCUGUGUGUGCCUAUCCCGAAAUCAGUGCCAUUUCACUGGACGACUUAAGGGCGGCAUAUGCAGGCAAUACUGGAAGUGGUGGCCCACCUGCUGCAACUGACCAAAUCCAGGAAUUUCUUGAAGGAGAGGUGCCCUUGCCGGGGGGCUACACAACAUCUCGAAGGGAUGCCCUCAAGAUUUUGAACCUUUUUGCCCUUGCCUCAAUCGGUGGAUAUAUUGUUGCCUCAAAUGCAAAGGCCAUGUCAUAUGCUACACCAAAGGCCAUUAUGAAUUCUUUGCUUUCUUUUGCGAGCAUCAAUAAUGGUGUUGGAGGAGGUGAGGGAAGCCGUGUCGACUCAUUCAAGAGAUACAUCAAAGGCAUUGAGGACAGAGGCGGCGGAGAGCUGGUGCCAGAAUUCCCCAGUGGCUUGACAUGGUUCAACAGCCCGCCCUUGCAUCUGGCACGAGAACUCAGAGGGAAACUCCUGGUCCUGGACUUCUGGACUUAUUGCUGCAUCAACUGCAUGCACGUGCUGCCAGACCUGGCUGCGAUUGAGCAGAAGUUUGCAGGCAAGCCAGUGGCCGUCGUCGGAGUGCACUCUGCCAAGUUCGACAACGAGAAAGACAGUGAUGCAAUUCGCAGCGCUGUUCUUCGUUAUGACAUCAGCCACCCCGUUGUCAAUGAUGGGAAUAUGGUGCUGUGGAGAAAGCUGGGAGUGUCUUCAUGGCCCACAUUGAUGGUUGUAAGUCCAAGCGGGAGGGUUCUGUUGCAACUACAGGGUGAGGGACACAGAAAAGACUUGGAUGACAUUCUUAGUGCAGGCCUGGAGUACUACGGCGAGAAAGGGGACUUGGACAGUUCCCCAGUGCCACAGACCUUGGAAAGAAACAAGGAUGCCAGGCUGCUGAAAUCGCCCCUGAGGUUCCCCGGGAAAAUUGCCACAGACGUGGAUGGCGACAGGCUAUUCAUUUCAGACAGCAAUGAUCACAGGAUCAUUAUCACGACACUGGAUGGCAAGUUCCUCACGCAAAUUGGUGGAAAUGGGCCCCAUCUGGAGGACGGGAGUUUUAGCGAGUGUGCUUUUAAUCGGCCCCAGGGCCUCAGUUUUGAUGCCUCGCGUAACGUGUUGUACGUUGCCGACACAGAAAACCACGCCCUCCGAGAGAUAGACCUGUCAGGCCAGCAGGUGCGCACACUGGCGGGGAACGGCUACCAGGGCAGCGACUACUCGGGUGGAAAGAAGGGGCAGAGCCAGCAGCUGAGCUCCCCGUGGGACGUCCAGGUGGACGCCAAGGGAGAGAACGUGUUUGUGGCGAUGGCCGGCACACACCAAAUAUGGCGAUACAACGUCGCCGACGGCAAGAUUGGCGCCUUCAGCGGCAACGGCUUUGAACGCAACAAGAACUCCGAGAGGGCCAUCGGCACUUCUUGGGCGCAGCCCUCAGGUUUGUCAAUGACCGCCGACGGGUCUGAAGUCUUCGUGGCAGACAGCGAGAGCAGCAGCAUCCGAAAGUUCAACUCCCAGACAGGGGCGAGCCAGGGGUGCGUGGGUGGCGAUGCGGUGUUUGCGGACAACCUGUUCAAAUUCGGUGACAAGGACGGCACUGGACAGAGCGCCCUGCUGCAGCACCCGUUGGGAGUUUGUGUGGCAGCAAGUGGAAAGGUGUACGUGGCGGACUCCUACAACCACCGCAUCAAGGAGCUGGACCCGGCCACCAACACCAUCACCACCAUCGCGGGCUCUGGCGCCCUGGGCUAUGCCGACGGCGCGGGCACCUCGGCCAAGCUCGCCGAGCCCGGCGGCAUCGCUGUGGGGCCCCAAGGCACCCUGCUGGUGGCGGACACCAACAACGGCGCCAUCCGCGUGCUGGCGCCGGACUCCAGGCGACUGAGCACGCUGGAGCUGUCGGGGGUGCCGCCGCCCGCGGUGUCGCCGCUGGAGAUCGUGGUGGACGCCGACGCGCCGCCUCCUGGGAGGGUGGUGCGCGCCAACCCGCUGGACGCCCAGAGCGGCGAGGUGCAGGUGUUUGUCAGGUUCCCCUCCGGCUUCCACUACACCAAGGGCGCGCGGAGCUCCUUCCAGUCCCGCCUGGUGGGCCCCGGGGCCUCGGGCGUCACCCUGGCCCCUGCAUCGGGCGAGCUGCGCGACGCCGCGGGCCCGGCGGCCACCGUGCGCUUCUCGGGGGGGGCCCGGGCGGACCGGGCGACGAUCCAGAUCGACGCGCGCGUGUACUUCUGCGAGGAAGGGAAGGAGUGUUUGCUGGACGAGGUGCGCUUCGAGGUGCCCCUGAUGGCGGGCGGGAGGGCCGGGAGCAGCCAGGUGGCCAAGGUGGAGGAGAUUGUGAGCAAGAAGGCUCCGAGGGUGGACGUGGCGGCCCUGUAG